GACGUGUGGCCCUGACGGGAGAGGAGGCAGGAUCCACAGCGGGCUGCGGCCCGGGCUGCCGUCUGAGGCGCCAGCUCGCAGGGGGGCACAGGUGCCCGAGGGGGCUGCUCAGGUCGCCGUGGAAACACAGCCCCAGCGCUGAUUUCCAGCUGCCUCCCACGCAGGAGGUCUGGGGAGGCCACCUCCCGGGCCUCACCUUUCUCUUCGGAGCGAUGGGAUGCCACGCGGCCCUCCCCCAGGCUCGCAGGGAGGCCCGCAUGCCACAGACACCCUGCGGCUGCUGGCAUGAGGGUGGGGGGCGCCAGGAACGGGGUCCCCACCUCCAGGACAGCAGGGCGGGAGGUGGCCACACCCCGAGUGGCGGUGCCGACUGAUUUUUCUCCAGGGCGGUCGGCAGCCUGAAGGUGCCUUGGGCCCAAGAGGCGGAGUCAGCGUGACAGGAGGGAGGCCCGGGGCUGGGUGGUGACCAGGCCCCGCCUCCCCGCCCAAGGCUGCGGUGGUGACAUUCCUAAUUGUCGGUGACUGACUCAGCCUCGCUUCAAAGGUCUGGGUCAGGCCCGCAGCCCCCGUCACUCUGGAAUCCUGCUUCUCGGGGAAGCCGGCCCGCCCGAAGAGUGCUCCUCGCCCGGCCGGUGCCUCCCCCCGUCCCGUCCACACCCGCCCCGGCCAUGGCCGUGCAGGUGCCCCUGUGGCAGCACUACCUGCAGGCCAUCCGCUCGCGGGGGGCACGGCGGGCGCAGGACUUCCAGCGCGCGGAGAACGUGCUGCUCACGGUGCUGGAGCACGUGCACCACCUGGACCCCCGCUUCCUCGUGGACUACUCCCGUGACCUGGAGGCCUUCCAGUUUGCCCUGCGCACCUCGGAGGAGCCCCUGCACGUGGAGGUGCCCCUGCGGGUGGACGCGGACACCCUGCUGAUUGAGGAGGUGGGGGCCGCCGAGGCGGGCGACGGCCCUGCGCCCUGCCGCCUGGGUGUCUCCAGGGAAGGGGCCCGCCCGGAACGGCGGAUGGCCGAUGACGUCCUCAGCGUCUCCUCCGAGGGUGGCGCCGGGUGCCGCGGCCACAUCGCGCCCAGCAAGGUCCUGCGCGUCCUCAAGGACCUUCUGGUGGCGGCCGUGGUGCACUGCAGACACCAGGGCCUCGUCACGCCAGGUUCUCUGAACGCGGACAGCCUGGAGGAGAAGGAGUCCCACCUGUCCCUGCUCGUGUCUAGCGGCUGGCGAACAAUCCGGUUCAACAUCGUGCCCAUGGUGCGAAGAAAGCUCGGGGUGCCCGCCCUGGAGAGGGCCCAGUGGAUGCGCGGGUUCCCUGAAGGCAGCUUGAAAAGGAUCAUCAGCCAAGAAGCGGCCCUGGUGCCAGCCAGUGCCCAGCACUGGAGGGUCUCCACUGACUACCUGCUCACCAGGCUGCUCGGUGCGCUGGGCUCCCUCCCGGGCCACCGUCUGGACGGCCUCUCCAUCCUGGACCGGGUCAACCACGAGAGCUGGCGCGACGGCGGCCAGAGCCCCGGCCUGAACUUCAGUCACCUGAAGACGGUGCUGCUGUGGGCGUCCGCGCUCUUCCCGGCGCCCGAGGACUGGGCGGAGCUGCAGGGCGCCGUGUACCGGCUGCUGGUGGUGCUGCUCUGCUGCCUGGCCACCGGGAACCUGCCACACUUCGUCUACCCCAAGCGGAACCUGCUGAGCGACGCCGGCCUGGACCUCAACGCCCUGUACCAGCGCGUGGAGCGCUUCGCCAGCCAACCCGAGGCGUCCCUGCGCCUCCACGUGACCCACCUGGGCCGCGGCCCCCCGCCGCGCAUCGGCAACGGGGUCAAGGCCCUCCUGCAGCUGCCUGCCAGCGACCCUACCUACUGGGCCACCGCCUACUUUGAUGUCCUGCUGGACAAGGGCCCCAGGGUAGCGUGUCCGGAUGUGCCUCCGUCGCCCGCCAGAACCACCCCCAAACCCACGUCCGGUAAGUGCUCAAACCCCGCCUGCCUACGCUGGACUCCGUUCCUCAGGAAGGGGUGUGGCUGUCCCUGGGUCUCACGGGGCCAGUUUCCUGCCGCCUCCCGAGACUCGGGAGGCCCACGCCGUGUCCUCCGACUUUGCAUCCUGCGUCCGGCCUGGUGUUCAGGGGUCACCCGGCUGUUCUGCCGACCGCACCUCCUUGAGUCUCCGAGGUUCUGCCGGCUCGCUCGGCCCUCCCCUCCCCUGCUCCCGCAGAGCCCGCUCCCGCUCCUCUCCCCCAGGGCCAACCCCCACCCUCACCCCAAAGAGCCAACCCGGUCUCCCUGCAGGACACGUGGGGCCCCGGGGGACGGCAGCAGGAGGGCUGGUGCGUGCCCCGUCCUCCACAAGCACCUGCUGGGGCCUCCUCUGCGUCGGGCCCAUCCGGGGACACCUGUGUGUGAGGAAGAGCCCCCCCCCCCCCCCCCCGCCAGCCCCGGGCGAGAGGGCCCUGUGUGGGUCCACCUGUCAAGAGGACCGUGCAGGCAGAGACCCAGACGCAGGAAGUCCUGGUGGCCAAGGAGCACGUGUUGUCCCGCGCCGCGUCCAGGACCCUGCGAUGGGCUCCGAGGUGCCUCUGUGACCCCUCUGUCCCCCGCCCCGUCUGCAGUUCCAGGUCUUCAGCAUCCAAGAUGAGGACCGGAUCUCGGCCAUGCAGAGCAUCUUCCGGAAGACCAAGACCCUGGACGGCAAGGACUGCUGAGCGGCCUUGCCUUUGCUCGGUCUUCACCACCCACAGCCGGGCUGCACGGCCCCGUGGAGGACCCGGGACACUUGGGGAAGGGAAUGGGCUUCACCCCGAGGCAGGUGAUGGGGGUAGAGACGUCCACCUCAGACUGCCCGGGGGAUGGCCUCCCGGGACUCUGGGAGCGCCGGGCAGCAGGUCCCCCGGAGCAGCGGCCUGGUCUCCCCAGGGCCUGGGACGAAGGCGCCUUGUAUUUCACAAGACGCGUGUGGGUCUGUGUGAUGUCAUCAGACUCUCAGAGCCAAGCGUCUGCCUGAGACCUGGAGCUCGAGGGCUUGUCCCGACCUGAGUCCCAUGCUCCUCCAUGGUGAUGUAAUACUAUAUAUCUGAUCUUGAAUAAAUUAACGCGCUGGGUAGGCUCGGUGGGGACGGCAGCCGCCGCUUUCCAUGUA